AUGCAGAAAAGAACAGCUACCAAACUUCUUGAAGAAAACAGAGUGAAAAGAAGACGCCUAGGAGCAGGGGCUAAUAAAAAAGUAGGCGGAGCUUGUGAAGAGUUUAUUGCAAAAGCUAUCGAAUCAAAGGCAACGUAUCAUGGUCGGCGCAAAGAAACUGUAAUGUUUACCAACAGAAGGGUAAAGGUCCGUGAUUUGUUAAACAUUGCAAACUAUGACCCGACAAAACGCGAUAAAGCACCGAUCUCAUCAGCGGCUACUGCUUGGAAUCGUUUGAGGCCGCCAAAUAAAAGAAGCAUACAAAGCGCAAAGCACAAGGGACAUGCUUUAUUUUGUACUAAAAAACCACCAAAGACACAAGACCAAAUGAACGAAAGCACCCAUUACCAAUGUGCACAUGUUCGUAAUAUAAAGACUACUUUUUUUGGCUCAUCAACACCAGACAAUAUCCGCGAACUAAGUUUUAUGCGAUCAAUAGACGACAAAGCGUAUUUGAGGCCUGGAAGCUCAGAGGGUUUCGCUAAAACUAGAAACUUACGGAUUCUAACCUUAUCUGCUGAAGAAAAAGCUCGAAAACUCCCUAAAUAUGACUGGCUGGAAAGUAAAAUGUACAUAACACCCUCCACCCAUCGAGUUUUUACGCAAAAACCAGUUGCUAUUGACAAGGAAGAAAAAUUGUUUAUGCAAAAUGAUAGACACCUUGUUGUUAUUUGACCCAAAGCCUAUGUUGACUCAUCAGGAAACACUUGGGUAAAUGUAACAGAAAGGCUACGGCUGGUUUUUCCUGAUGAUUUUGAGGCUAAAGAUCUAGGAAACUCUUAUUCAAAAUAUUUUCGAUCACUUUGUGCCGCUGUCCAAGAUGAUGUCUUCUUAUAUGCUGACAUGACGGAAGAAGGUGAUGUACUUAAGGUAACGGGAAAUAACAAUUACAAGCAUCGUUUGUAUGAAAAUAAUCAAUUACAGCAUUUGAUAAGGCGAGGAGAAAUAUCAGAAUUGCAGUGGAACAUUAACUGUCAUCUCUGUUCUGAAUUCGAGAAAAUGAAAGGAAAUGAACUGAUUAAAAAACAGAAAGAUCUUUCUGCAGCUGCAGUCGCAAUUUUGUCCCAAGGAAAUGUCAAAAAAAAGCCUUUGGGAAGACUUCACGAAAUAUGUUCUUCCAAAAGCCAACUUUGUCCUCGACAACAUUGUUGAACUGAAAUUGCCCCCUGUAAAACCCAAUUGGGCACAUUUAACUGACGCCGGACCAGGCGUAGGGGUAUCAAAUUUUGAGAUGAAAUUUCGGGACGCCGAAUUAGCGCGUGUACACAAAAGUGAUUAUCGUAUUCGUGUCCAUCGCUCUCGUGCAGACAGCGGGCAAAACGAAGCAGAAAGGACGAACUCUGCCAUUGGUGAUAGUGUGGUCGAUGGUGGCACUAUUGAUUGGAACUUUUAUUAA